ACGUUCUUGAAAAGCGCCUGAGUGAUCUGGAAGCCACGAUGGACAGGGUGGAGGCUCUGAAUACAGAGAACACUAAGGACAUCAAGGAGCUGGACAUCGCUCUGGCCAAACAGCAGUACAUCGACUCCAAUCAAGUGGGCGCCAUCGCCAGGCUUCUGUCGGCCGCUCAGAACGUGCAGACCCAACUGCUCAUUAUUGUCAAGAACUAUUUCGCAUUGCUGGGUAACGACAUCCAGGAUGUUGUUGCGUCGUUGAAUGCUGUCCUCACCUUUGAAAAUUCCAGAAUAUGCGAAACAGGCGUGACUACCGUGACUAAGACUGACAGACGCAGUGUCAUCACCUUUAACUCAGACUUCGGCCAGUCAGUGCCUCGGGUUCUGUAUGGUAUUUCUGGUUUUAGGACUAAAUUCGAAGUCGAACAACGGCUGAAAUAUUCUCAGUCGGGUUACGGCUCGCUGUACGACAAGUCCUAUGGUCCAAGGUAUCCUCAGUACGGUUCCUUCCCAUACAGAGAUCGUGAAGCAGGGAGUGUAGGUGGCGAGGUUUUUGUAGUGGCCAAUGCAGAGGGCCUAACAGUCGAACUUCUCGAACAAUCGUUCGACGAUGCUGAAACCGAGUUUAUGGAAGUGCCGUGGCAGGCGUGCUCCAUCGGGCCUGGAACUCAACUCGCUCAGUAACCUCUGACCACUGACGACGACUUGCCAAGGAUACCGAUAUGUCCAUGCGGCUGCAUGCUGGGAAGUUUUGCAUAUGUACUGAUAGUUCCAGACUGAUGACUUAGAUUGACCAAGCGAGAAGAAGAAAAAAUGUUUUGAAUUAUUGCGUAUUAUCUCAAGUCAAUUGUUCACCUUCAAAGAAUGAAACCACAGAACACCAAUGCCACUUUAAGUCGCAAAUCAUCCCGGAACAUCACAAAUAAAGACAAGAUGAGCAUCUCAAACAUAAAAGAAUAUUUUAUUUGCAAAGUAAAAUCUCACAGACACAUCAUUGGUCUGGAUGUACAGCGACUUACACUUCAACAGUCAAUACUUACAGCAGCAGCACCUUGGACGAAAUCUAAUUUCUCUUUCAGUUUACUCUGAAUAAUAAAAUUAAAACAAUAUAGCAAACUUUCAA